CCAGGGCCCGGGGCCGGCAUGGCGUGGCCCUGCAUCAGCCGCCUCUGCUGCCUGGCGCGGCGCUGGAACCAGCUGGACCGCUCCGACGUGGCGGUGCCGCUGACCCUGCACAACUACUCGGACCUCGAGAGCGACGAGCCGGGCCCGGGCGGUGGUGCCUCGCGCAGGGGCCCGUCUUCUGCAGGCGCCCGGGACCCUGGCCGGGACGUGCCACUCACUCAGUACCAGCGGGACUUCGGUGUGUGGACACCCGCGGGGCCCCGAGAUGCACCGCAGGGGCGCGGGCCCGCUGCGAGCGGCCGCCGGAGCAGGCCUCCCGCGGGCCCCAGCCGGGGCAUCUACGUGCUCCCCAUCGGCGACGCGGACGCGGCUGCAGCGGUGACCACGUCGUACAGACAGGAAUUCCAGGCCUGGACUGGAGUGAAGCCGUCGAGAUCCACAAAAGCAAAACCUGCCACAGUCCUCACAAGCCACAGCUCCGGAUGGGACGGCAGCCCUGGGGUCAGCUUCCAGGCCCCUGAGGGGAGGAAGAAGUUCACCCCUAACCCAUCAGCCAUCUUUCAGGCUUCAGCUCCCCGGAUCCUCAAUGUGUGACUGCCUGCCAAAGAGAGGGCCAUGGUGGAGCCAGAACCCACUGCUGCCGAGAUGGGGACUGCGGUGAGAUCUUGGGACUGGUCCCCUGCUGUCCCAGGGGAAGGGCCCAUCUUGCUUUGGGCACCGCUCUACCCCACUGCCACCCUGGCUGCAGGCCUCGUGCAAAGCGGAGGCCCAGAUGGACACGGCCCCAUACAGCUGGGCUCUGGGCCUCAAACCUCCUCUCAUUCCUCAAGAGGAGUAUAGAAGGCUUCGGAUCUUUUAAUGGCCUCUUUUGGCUACUCUUCAGUUUUUAAAUCUGAAGAACUUAAGGAUCAAUUCUGCUGUGGUCCAUGAGGGCUGCGGAAUAUGGACAUAACGGGUGCUUGAAAGAAACCAGUAAGGUCCACGAUGUUUUCUCAGGCUGCAUGGUAACUUUGUAACCUAUGGUCACCCAAGGUACUGUCCCUGGAUAUUCCUACAAAUGGCCCCACUCAUUCAGGUUGUAGAAGAAAUCUUAGGUAAUCACUUGCAUGUGACUCACGAUGAUGCCGAGUAACCAGGAUGACAUUUCCAAAAGGAACAGUUAUCACAUGGUUUCAAUUUCAAAGAAUUUAGGGCCAAGAGGCUCCUGUAUUUUAACGAAAGGUUUCUUGUGCUGAGUGCUUAAACUACCGAAUGAAUGACAUUUACCUUGAGGUUUCGGAGCUCCAUAUUUUAUUACUUAUUCCAGUUUUUUCCCUUAUGAUUGGGAGCUUUCUGGGGGAAGAAGUGGCAUUAGCUUCCCUCCCUGAAAGACUUUUAAGCGUCCUCUACACCAGCCCCUAAUCACCCACUCUGUGCUCUCACUCACAGUCACAGGGAGCUGUGAGGAGGCAGCUGCCUCCUUUCUCUGCUAAGUCCCAGCCCCUGUGGCCACAGGGAGCCAGCGUGGCCGGUUUGCACAGCUGGUGGUCAAACCUUUGAAGGAAUUUCUGUCCCUUUUUAGAGAUUAAGGGGGC